AUGCAGAUUCGACUUGCAAUAUUCGUGUAUCUGAUCCAUAUUGUCUGGGCUCAACUCACGACAUGGGACAAUCAGCUGUUUGAUUUUGGAUGGCUCCCAUACGAGCCCACUAUCGUGCGUUGCUCGAAUAUCAAUAUUACAUGGACGGAACGCUCUACGUCAAAUCCACAUAGUCAAGCCCCGUAUUCUAUCCACGUUCUCAGAGCUGGCUAUCAGCCUAUUCUCAUCGGAACAUCGUCGACCACGGCCUAUGCCUGGAACGUUCAGCUGCCCACCGGUGGCCCGUACUUGCUGUACAUGACGGAUGCGAAUGGGUAUACCGGUGGCAAUUCGCUCAUCUUCCAGGUCACAAACCCGGCGAGCGGCACAUGUGGAACAACCUCAAUGACCGAGACAACUCUGAAGCUUACGGACUCUGAUGAGACCGCCGAAUGUUCGACCAUUACUUUUACAGCCGAAGAAGGGACGGCGCCGUACAACAUGCAAGUAAUGGUAUCCCAGCGACCUCCAAAGACAACGACCUGGACCUCCUCUCAAAUGGCGUAUCUCAUCGACGUUCAACCGAGUGAACAAUUCUUUGUCAAGGUCGUGGACGCAAAGGGAGCCGUAGGCUUGUGCGGUAUCUAUACCGUUACCACUGGUCGUACGUCUUGCUACAACGUUGCAUCGACCGUUACCUCUGGAGCGACCCCAACGACCCUUUCUUAUGUGGCUACGAAUACUUGGACCGACCCAUCUACAAGCGGUACAGCGACGCGCUCCACAACUGAUGUGGUUAUCGCCAACACAGACACGGUAACAAUCACCAGCUUUAUAACAUUGCCCGGAGGGAGUACUACCAUGGUCGAGGUUGCGCCCGGCUCACAGGCUACUGUUGCAUCGGAAGUGACUCUGCCGCCAUCCAACAAGACGAAUAAUCUUCCGGUCAUUGUUGGGAGCGUAGUUGGAGGCGUCGGACUUGUCCUUGUCCUCUUGAUCCUGUUUAUUCUCCACAGACGACGAACAGAGGCAGCGAAGAAACGACUACAAGAACAACAAGAGGCCUUUGAUCGACGUCGCUUGUCUACCGGCCCAGAUCAACCGCCCCGCCCUCAGCCGUACCAGAUCAACGGUCAUAACCGACCAGUCAUGAGCGCGCGUGAAAGCGCCCCACUGCUUUACAGUGACCCGAAUCCGUCGCAUACCAACUCGCCGUCACCGCCUGCUACCUCUAGCUUUUAUGGUGAUAAUGGCACGGGACGAGUGUCUGGGGCAGAAUACGCGCCGUGGGCUCAUCCAGCGCCGGUAGUAGGUCACCCUCUAUCGCCUGAAAACAGUGGAUUCAGCAGUGUCCCGCCUACGCGCUCUGCGAUGCACCAGCAGCUCCCUCCUGGCGCCGCGCCUGCUGCGCCCCCUCCGCAGUCGUUGUUUGUGAUGAAUGAUAGCCAGGGUAGUAGUACGGGGAAAGCCAAACCGUCUAUUUCAGGGAGUUAUUCGGAAAAGGCGACGUACCGAUCGUCGACGGCGAAUAAUCCAUCUGUGCCCGCGCCACCUCCCUAUCAAUGA